AUGAGGCUGACAGCUUUCUUGACGCUGGCUUGUGCCAUUGCGGCAUUGGUCCUAUCGAUCCUCUCACUGUUCGCAGGAUCCACCAAAUCAUUCCUCCAAGAUUCAGAUAUGAUGACGCUGAAUAUCUCGCGGAUAGGCCACACCAGUCUGUUCAACACCACGGAUGGUGAUGGAGGAUUCUUCGAUAACCUAGUCAACGACUUGCAGGAGGAGGUUAAUGAUCUCAUCAACGAUGUUACUUCUGAUAUUGCAGAAGCGCUCGACCUGCCAGACUUCUUCAGAGUCCACGUGAUGGAUUUUUGUCAAGGCUCUUACUCGCCCAACAGCACAGUUAAAAACCCAAGCAUGAACACCACGGAAUGCUCAAACCGCACGACGUUUUUCCACUUCGAACCCACCAAGAUUGUGGAGGAUGCACUUCCAAGUGGGAUCACUCUUGAGGAUAUCCACUGGCCUGAUGAGAUUCAGGACGCGGAGCGUGCUAUCCGGAUCGCCUCGAACGCCAUGGUGGUGUGCUACAUUAUUGGGAUUGCUUUUUCAGGAAUUGCAAUUCUCACCGCCAUCUGGGCCAUUUUCAGCUCUGGGCGUUUGUCUGGUUUGGUCAAUUUCGUGAUUGAUUUUCUUGCUUUUCUCAGCAUUGGAAUUGCAUCUGCCAUUGCGACAGCAAUUAUUGUCAAAGCAACAAACACCAUCAACAAGUAUGGUGAUGAUAUUGGUAUUGCAGCAUAUAAAGGAGGACGGUUCCUCGGAAUGACCUGGGCAGCUACGGCAUUGAUGCUGCUUGCCGCUAUUGUGUCCAUUGCACAAUGUUGUGGGGGGAGGCGCAAAGAUCGCCACUAUGGAGAGAAGGGCAGGAUCUGA